CUUCAACAUGUUUCUACGAUCCUGCGAGGUCCAUACUUUCGCCGAUACGUCCGUACUUUAACAUGUCAUUCAGCUGGACAGCGAUCGAUGAAAGAGAACGCUCAAAGGCUGAGAGAGAUCGGCAACUCAAAGAUUUUCUGAAAGCUCAACAAGCGGAAACUAAGGAUCGGAAGCUGAAGCACCGCCAGAAUGAGGUUGAGGAGUACCAGAAGUUGUUGGGAGUGCGCAAUGUUAAAUCGCGGCCUUCGGACGGCAACAUCAGCAAUGCCCCGCAGCUUGGACGUGAAAGGGAGACAAUGCCGCUAUCAGAUGCGCGGCAACAAAUUGACAAAUCGUCGGCAUCCGCGCUCCCCGUUCCAAAUCAUGCCACAAAUCUCCCCGCAUCAACCUCGCUCCUUGCCAUCUCUCCAUCUCUACCGUCCGUAUCUCCUAUGCCAGACUUCCAAACCCCCUUGAAGGGUUCCGUUUCUUUUGAUUUGGAGUCCCAACUUGCCCAGGAACGCCGCCUACGGACACACCUCGAAUACGAACUUCAGACGGGCAAAACCCUCCUGGCAUCCCUCAGUGCUAAAAUGGACAAACUGUCUUCAUCUGUGGCGUCCUCACAAGUCAGCCUUCACGAUAUUUCUCGCCAAGCGGCUGAUGCAGAUAGACGUUCAAGAGAUCUAGAGUCAUCCAUUAGUGCCCUCGGUAACUAUAAUGCAGGAAACACUCGACAAAUAAUUGCUGAAGUGGUUAGCAAGCAGCAGCGGCAUGAAGAACAAAUCCGUGAAGAGGAGAAUACUCGCCAUCGUGGGGUUACGGAGUCGGAGCGGGCUGAGCGAGAGAAAGCAUUCACAUACCUUGCGGAAAAACUCCGAAUUAUGGAGCACGCUUACACACAGGAUAUCGAAAAAAUAAAAAAUCGACUGCAGCGGAUGGAGGCUACAAUGUCUGAGGAGCAGAGCCGAAGAGCAGAGACAGCCGCAAUAUGGAAGCGCACACAUGAGGAAACAUCGCAGGCAUUGCAUCAUUCUCUCAACAAAGUUGCUGAAGAGGUUCGACAACAGCAGGGAGAUCUUAAAGAGCGCCUGUCAAGUGCAGUGAAAGGCAUGGAACAAUCAAUAAAACUGAUUGGACAGGCCACUGAUCAAAGAGUGGAGUCCAUGGAGGAAGUUCUUCGAGCCGAGAUAAAAUCCAGAAUGGAGAAUCACGAAAAUACAAACACUGCUAUAUUGAGCCUAAAGUCUGUCAUUGAAGAGACGGAGAAGUCGCUUUCAGAUCGCAUGCACAAGCACGAAGCAGAUGCGCGAGUGAUCGAAGGAAAAUUGCAGACAGAACUCAGUCAAACAGCCAACCAACUUUCGCAAUCGAAAACACGCGCACUUGACGAUAUGGAAUCACAAAUAUCUGCGCUACGCAAGCGGAUGCACAAUUUCGAAGUUGAGCUAAAAGCUCAGUCAGAUUCCUGCAAUGCAAACCUGUCGCGCGGCCAAGAAGAAUGCACGAUUAGACUUCAAGAAGCCGAAACUCGUCUUGAAUCACACAUCAACGGUUUACGCAAAGUCCAGGAUCAGUGCAAAGAAGCAAUGUCUGAAGUUGAUGCGCGAGUGACCGACUUUACAGCCAAGUUCGAAGAAAGAAUUAAAAUCAAAGCUGUUCAGCUGGAUCAGACCCUUGAAGCUUUCAAAAAAGACCUUUCUGUACGCCUGACACAAAAGGAAGUGGAGGAGUUGGAGAAGCGGAUAAGAAUCGCCUUCGAUACUAGAUUAUCACGUAUAGAUGAGAUGCUAAAUGCGAGUUCGCAAAGCAACGAGGAAAUGGCAACAAAAUUAGAUAUGGAGAAUAUAGAAAAGCGAUUCAAGAAAGUACUGGUCGAUGUGCAAACGAGAGAGUUGGAGAUUAUCGAACAUAUUGCAAAUGUGAAGAAAGAGAUGAAUUGUUUUAAUACCCGAAAUGAAAUGAUAGAAGUAGAGAAGAGACUCACAUCGCAGUUGGAAUCACGCCAUACUGAAAACCAGGCGUCGAUUGCGGCUAUAAAUAAGGCAAUUACCACGACGGCAAGCAAACGGGAGACAGAAGCACAGUUCCAUUCUCGUAUAAUUGCAAUGGAAGAAGAACUCGCGAUCAUGAAGCAAGCCAUAGAAACCUCAAAGGAAUACACCAAGCGAUUGAUUGACGACGGCAUAACAUCAUCCUCAGUCAGAACAAAGGAAGAUAUUGAGGCUGUUCGAACUCGCCUAAGCGAUAUCAGCAUCAGGUUCGACGCUAUAGAUUCCCGAUUGUCUACGACAGAUGCGCAUAUCCGCACUAUAAUACAUAAGCACACAGAAGAGCAGAACCAGGCAAUUACAAACCAAGCGACGUCGCUGGACAAGCUGCGUGAAACCACAAAUGACCAAAUUCAUGCUGUUGGCACACGCAUAAAAGAACUUAAUUUCAAAGUACAGGAACUUCGAGAUGCAGACGCUCUCUCCCGUGGCGAAGUCCGGGAGGAACUUCAAGGUCACAUUGAUCGUCUGGCGCACAACAUUAGUGAGAUACGGACUGCUCUUCACAAUCGAUUGCAGCAGUCAACAUUUGAGGAUUGGGAAAGUAAUCUCCGUUCGGAACUACGCGCUCUUCGUGCUCACCUUGACGCUGACUUUAUCACGAACGACCGUCUCCGGGGACUACUAACAGACGAAGAAGCUGUAGCUAGGGACCGCCAUAAGGAGCUACGGUCAAUGCAAGAGCGGUCCCUUGCAGAGCAGAUACAAAUCAUGAAGCAAUGGAGAGAUACGGUAUACAAACGCCUCGACAUACUCGAAAAACAGAGAGUCGAUUUGAAAGCAACCGAAGAAGGUUCAGGUAUCGACACUGUCAGGUUGGAACAGAAUUUGGAUGAGAUGGCUACUGGCAUAAACAGAAGGAUUGAUGGGGACAUCCAAAAAUUGAGGGAGGAGAUGUACGCGAUGGAACGGGGAUUGUACGAUGCUUUGCGGGUGCAAAUAGAGCGGAUUUCCCGAUCCGUAGAGGAUAGAGCCGACCAUGCACUGCCCGCUUCUCGGCGCGGUACCGAGCACAAUACGCGAGAGCAAGAUGAGCCUAAGGCAACGGCCGCCGAGGGAGCGGGACACACCUCCGGCGACCCUGACACCACAAGUAUCGCACCCGCAACUAUUAUGGUCCCUGGCUCGUUUUUCAAACCUCCACACCUUUCUUUUUCCUCCACGGCCCCCACUUCGGUAGCCAUAUCCCCAUCAGCUCAUACACCUGACAGCAGAAAGUUGAACCAACAAAGCGCUGACGACCCACAAUUUACUCCGCAGGCCAUUCUUACCACCCAAAGCAUUCCUGUACUUCAAAGUCCUCGCUCAUCUAUAAACAGCACUGCAGCACCAGAGUUGAUUAGCGCGGGGACCAGCAUGACAGACCUUCGCGCCCGAUAUCCUUUGGCUCCAGCUCAGAAGAGGUCGUCUGGACCCCGGGAUAAACAAAUGACACCGCGAACGGUUAGUGUGGCAGAUGAAUUGGAGCGCUUGGCAGACUUGGCAGCGGCCAGCCAAGAGCUGCGAAGCGGAGGCAGUGUGGUGACGUUGCCGGGUCGUUGCUCGUGAUGAAACCACUACUGAUGUCGAAGAGCAUUGAGCGGAGAGAAAAAAGAAGUAGCUUGCUUGCCAUUUGUAUAUAAUCUUGUAAAUAGGCGUCAUACUUGUUGCACACUAUGAUUCUAUCU